CCGGAAGAAAAAUCGGGGAGGAGGGCGCUCGAGCCAUUCCCAUUGGAGAAGUGACGUUCCCCCGUUCAAGUUGCCGAGAUGGAUCUGGUCAAGUAUGUGUUUUUCCUAUGCACCGCCCUCGGGCUGGCACCAGAGAGGACAGCUGGGCAGAAAGUCAGCGUAACCUUAUAUUACGGUAGGAGAGCUGGUACGAUGCCCUUCUGAUCUGUGCACCGCUGUCCGUAUGUGUUACCGCAGAGUCCUUGUGCCCUUUCUGCCGACGGGUGAGCCGGGCCGCGUACGAUUGCCGUCAAUUGCAGCUGGUGUCAUUUUUGCGUGUGUGUGGCCACCUGUUGUUUGUUGGCUCAGUGGAUAGCCUACCAACUGCUGCCACUUGUAAGUCAGAGGCAGGCCACCAUUGCAACUGCUGGGACUGUUGUGUGGACGCGCUUGUUUAUGCUUCCAGUGGUCGUCUGAGCUGAAGGAGUACGUGACGCCGUCGCUUAUCCCAUACGGUGGGCAGAAACACCACACACCCUGAUGAUAUGGAUGAAUCUCACUAGUUGGUGCAUUGACGCAUACGUGUGUUGUGUAAUGAUCGAUGAUGUGUGCUCUGGUAUGGUGUGGCUUGGACUCUGCGGCACCAGGCAAUGCCCACGAAAAGAGGGUUGACGGCCACUACAAGUUUCAGUGCCAACAUGGCGAGGAGGAGUGUGUCCUCAACACCAUCGAGGCGUGCAUCAUCAAGAAGCUCGGCGACAAGACGGACCAGCUGCUGGGCGUCAUCGGUGAGUGAGUGGGUGGUGAAUAUGAGGGAGUGCAGAGCACGCUGUCGUGACUGUUUGUGUCGGUGCAGGCUGUAUUGAGGAUCCCGGGAAGGAGCCAGGUUCGUGGCACGACUGCGUGCCAAACGACACGUUGCUGGAGGAAGUCAAGACAUGCGCCACAACAGAAGAGGGAGAGCAACUGCAGGUGCGCGCUCCACACCUGCCCCGCCCGGACAGUAAACGCAUGCAACAGCACGUUCUGUUCCUGUGUGUGGGGUUGUGCAGCACUACUAUGCCCAGGAGACCGAUGGCCUUGUGCCGGCCCACAAGUAUGUGCCCUGGGUGCUCAUCGACAACAAACACUCAGCACUGGUGAGGGAGAACAUCCACACACAGACGCAGAGGCAGGCCAACACCUACGACACACUCUUUCGCUCCCUUGUCAUUCUCUCAGGCGGAGAUGAACCUCAAGUCAGCUGUGUGCCGUCGGCUGAAGGACACCAUCUCGACCGUGCCGGCCACCUGCAACGACUUCAUCGUCCAGCAGCAGGACGCUCACGCACAUGAUGAUAAGGAGGAAGGGCAGCCCAGCAGUGGCCGCACCUUCCGGCCUGCACCUGCCAUCACCACAGCAGUGAGGGCUGGUCUGGCACAGGUGCUGUAUCAGUAGCUAAGUGGACAAUGAGGUAGAGGUAGAGAGCCGGGCAGCGGAGGGAACACUGACUGCAUGAGCG